AUGCAUGCGAUCCACCCUGCGCCCCCAGAGGCGCUUGUUCCGACAGCGGUCGUGGUCUGGGACAGGACUUCCGUGUUCCUUAGCGUCGCGCUCGCGGCCAACCUCGUCUCGACGCCGCUGAAGGCGUAUUUGUGCGAGUCGUUUCCGUGGCAAGCCAACGCCCCACCGCCGAUUCUGAGCACAAAUGCGUCGUGGGCGGUCAAAGAAGCGUUCUUAUUGUCGCUGACGGCAGACCGGUACAACGACAGCGUCUUUACUGGCGACGCCAACUACUACGAAGAUGUCUUGGCAUCGACCGUCGUGUACCGUCGUCUCUUGACCCGGCCGAUAUCGCCCAUCACCAACUGUGCCUUCGACGUCGCGACGCACGUCAACGGCGGUCUCUUCUUGUCGCUGCGCACCCAGUCGGCGCUGUGUGGUUUUGCUGCGUCCAUCGACAGCCCGAUGCUGCGCUCGUGCUUUGAGACGCGGACGAUGGGCACUGUCGACCGGUACGGCUGCCUCUGGUCCGCGCGACGCCACGGGUCGGACUCGAAUGCGACGCUUUGGCUCUACUCGGCCUUCCAGCUCAAUGCAUCGCACGAUUUCCUGAUCGGAAAGCUCGUGUUUCGAAUCGUCUUGACGCUGUACAUGGCCCGGCGGGUUUGGGUCGAGUACUAUGCCCACUACGCCGUGCUGCGAACGCAGUGUGCGCGACUGCCCCACGCGGCGACGUGCAAAAUCUAUAUAGGCGACCCGACGAGCAUUUUCUUGCUGCACCCGGUCGUGUGCCUCUGCUUAGCGAUCGACAUGUGGCUCAGCGUCAAUGUUGUCGCCAACCAAGUGGUUGCCGUCCUCCAGCUCGAGAGCCUUUCCGCAUUCUUAUUUGGGUACUUCUACCUCUCGCGCUGCGUGUGGCUCUGUUACGCCUGCAUGGCCUGCACUUCGGUCGUGCUCAAGCGAUGCCACUGGGAACAUGUCUUCCCGCCCAUGGACCCAACGCUCGUGGCCGUCGUCGCAACGGCGCUCGUCGGACCGCUCACGUAUCUGCAAGGCAACAGCAUGUGCAUUCAAGCCUACGCAUGGGUCCUCAACGUCUCGGCCAGCUCCCCCAACGCCACGGAAGGUGCGUACGCAGUCCUGCUCUACACGUGCUCAAUCGGUGCGCUGCCACUUGUGCAUGGUGCCUUGCAGUAUGCGCUCUGCCGACGACGCUAUGGUGCGCAGCGUGGGCUGAUCAACUAUGCAUCGCAUCAGUACAACGAUGUCAAAAGCUUGGUGGUGCUGGCCCUCCCUUUUCGCUCGCUCGGGCGCGUGCCCCAUACCUGUGGCGGGUCGCUCUACCAUGUCUUUGAUCAGUUCCCGGGCUUGAAGCGGUCACCGUGCAUUAGUCAACGCGGCACCGACUGCUUCGUGCUCGUCUUGAAUUGCGCCAAGCACCCGCUGGAGCUGCGCCGCCUGAGUUUGCUCUACCAUGGCCUCGAUAGGACACGUGCGGCGCAGGCGCCCAACGUCGUCGCGACGAAAGGGCCCGUUAUCUUUGGGCACGUCGAGCUGCAGACGUCAUGCGCGAGCUCCCGAGGCACGCGCAUCGUCCUGCUUGAGUCGUCGCUUUUCCCGAGUCCAUGGAUUGAAUAGCUGCCACGCCCAUGCUAUUAUAUCGUAUUUUUGAAC